AUGACGACACUGAGUGGAUUGUCGAAGAAGGAUUGGACGUAUCAGUGUCAUCUGAUUAUUCAAGAGUUCUUUGAAAGCCCAAAGCAUCUCGUGCUCUGCAUAUACUACGAGGAUAAAAGGAACGUACCAACGGCCUUACUGUAUUUCCCGUCAACACCGGUACACGAGCUUUGUUACUUCUUACGGAAACCUAACGAGAUAUUUCGCUUGGAGAAUUUCCACGACAGCGUUGCGUUUGGCUCGUUCAAUGGUAACGUCGAAGCUUACAUUCUCGGAGUUAUUCAAAAUGCUCUGGCGCCAAUAUUCUUUAAGAUAGACUCCUGGCCCGACAGUGACUUUCACACGAAUAUGGACGCUUUUCUACACAACUUGACCGAUCUCACGUACAAAAUGCUGGGCUUAACUGUGAUAUAUGUACCAACCUUCAAUAAAGAUCUCACUGUCGAAAAAGCCAGCGCUGAUAAGGAGUUGAUCAAACGGUUCGAAACUGUGGUGACUUACUGGACCACUCAAAUCAAAUUGACCCUUAUCGAUGAGGAAGAAACCGACCUGCACGAGCUUCUCUCCCUUGAUGACGAAUACGAAUUUUGGAUCUACAGAUAUGAUAAUCUCUGUGGAUUAAAUUACCAACUUCAGAAGUCUACGGUUGAUCGUAUCGUAAAUGUAUUAUUGGAAACUCAGUCAACUUACGUGCGUCAAUUUUUGACGCUACGAGAAGAAAUACAACAGAAAAUGCUCGAAGCAAAAUCGAACAUUGAGUAUUUGACACUUCUAAGGGAAUCUUGUGAGGAAUUAAAGCAAUGUACGAGACCAGGUGGGUUAGUUCCGAUUCUGCCAAAAAUUAUACAUCUCUGUAGAACGAUUUGGUUAAACUCGCCCUUUUAUAACACCACCGAGAAAAUGGCAAAUCUGUUUAGCGCAUUAAGCAAUCAGAUCAUUAUAAUUUGUGGGAACUUUAUCGAUCUUCAGCAAGUAUUCAAAGGAAAAACUCGUGCCAGUAUCGAAAUGUUCACCGAUUGUAUUCGUGCUUGCGAAGAUUAUAAGAAACAUUAUUUUCAAAUUUCAGAUGCCCAUAUUACUUGUACCGAACAUCCAUGGGAAUUAGAAGCCGAUUACAUUUUUCGUCAUAUAAACGUUUUUAUCGAAAGAUGCCAAGACAUGAUAGUCAUCUGCGAAGGGAUGAUAGAUUUUGCCAGAAUGGACGAAAGAACGAGCAUCCUAAGACCGACGUUUCCUGGAACCAAAGGAAAGGAACAUGGUAGAGCCUGUCAAAAAAUUGAGAGACUCUUCUUCGAAAGUUUCGAGAAAAUCGAAGCAAACUCUCAUAAAAUAUUCGACGUGUUGCACGUCGCUUGGAAGAACAUUAUGUCUAUCUUUCGCGGCGAAGUCAGAGAAUUGGAGAUAAUAAUCGAAAACUUGGUAGCAACCGUCUUCGUCGUCAUGAACAACGUGCAAGAAGGUAUCGAGAAUCUCCGUGGAUUUUACAAUUAUAUGAACAGAGAGAAACUACAGGAGCUCUUCAAUAAUAAGACUAUGGAGGUAUGGAAAAUGUUUAACGAUGAUAUUCAACACGCAAAGCAAGAUGUCUUAGAUAAAAAAGAAGAAUACUCAUCGAUGACGUCAUAUUAUUCCGGAAGAGCAUUGGCUCUAGAGCAAAAAGCUAAUAGCUUGCAAGCAACGAAAAAAAUGAUGGAAGAAGCUGAAUGGUUGCCCUACUGUGCUAUGAAAUUCGAGGUCUUCUAUCAGCAUGAUAUCGUGAUAAAAUCAAUCAAAGAUGCUAUAACCAAUCUCUAUAGUGAAUGGAUCGAAGCAGCUGGUGAAAAUCCACGCACUCGUUUAGAUCGAUCCUUGAUAAAGCGAAUGGAAAAAUCACCUUUAUUAUUCGAAUGUAAUAUGGACCCUUUUAUAUUAGAUCUUUGUCGAGAAUGCGAUAGUUGGAUUAAUCUUCUAUUCGACAUACCAAUUCAAAUGACUGUCAUACACGCCAAAAAGGAUACCAUUUUUUUCGUUUACGAAGGUGUCCUCGCAUUGAUUUACACUUACAAUACAAUCAUCGAAGCAUUGUCCGACAUGGAACGUGAACUGUUUCGAGGAUUAAUCCUACGACUCGACGGAAAGAUCAAUCCUGGCUUAAGUAGACUAACGUGGAAUACGGACAACGUCGAAAAUUUUGUCGAGGAUUGCUACAACAAGACCGCUAAAGUAUGUUUCAAACGAUUUCAAUAAUGUUAACUUAUAAGUGCUAAGUAUAGUCUUAAACGAUUCGUCGAUAUUUAUAAGAAAUCCAAUUUUGAGAUCCUUAAAAUAUGUGAGAAUAUUUGCAAUUCGCCGAUGAUCAAGUUAAAACCAAAUUAUGCGUACACCUUGUCAGAACUGCAGGAGGAACUAACAAGCGUGAGAGAUGCGGUUGUUGCCGAUAUGGUUACAAAGUACAACACGAUAGUUCAAUAUGUCAUGGUAGUCUUCGAGGGAUUCAAAGGAACUUUAAAGCAGUGGCAGGAAUAUUUGGACAAUCUAGAUGUACUGAUUGAGGAAGCACUGAGAUUCUGCCUUAAGGGUUCCAUGGAUAUUAUGUAUGAAGCCCUUCACGGAGACGGGACGACAGGACCAUCUCCUCUUCUACUGGUGCAAGUGGACUUGCUCAACAAUAAGAUAAACUUCUCACCAAACCUGUCGGAUAUUGCCACGACCCUGUCCAACGUUCUCAAUCACCUAUUUACACCGAUUAAAAACUUCCAACGAUUAAUUGAAAAAUUCAAGGUUUCCUCAUCUAAAGAAAUACAACCUCUUUGGAAGGUCUAUGAAAAGGACGAAGAUCUUAUUCGUUAUCAACAAUUGCUUAACAAUGAGACGAAUUAUUGUUUCUCUCAAGUACAAGCGUAUCUUAAAACGUGGGAACCUUUUAAGGACAUAUGGGAGGUCAAUAAGGACAUUUUCAUUCAAAGAUACGAGAAACUGAAGCCAACGGUUACAUCUUUCGAUUCGGACAUUAGCAGAUACGCGAACGUUGCAUACACUGUCGAGAUGCAAGAGACCGUGAUGAACGUACAUUUUCUCGAUAUAAAUUGCGAUGGUUUAAAAGACAUUAUUAUUCAAGAAUGCGCUGCUUGGCAACUGAAAUUAAGCACACUCAUGUUACAAGUAACCGAAAACAAAGUCAAACACGUCUAUCAAUAUAUCGCUGAAAAUUCGAAAAAAAUAACGAAGGAACCAACGGAUUUGAUCAGUAUGCAAUUCGCAAUACAGUUGUUCGAGAGACUUAACGCUGAGAUUCCAAAGGAGGAGGCAGAAUUUCCUAAGAUCGUAGAGUUCUACGAAACGUUGGAAAAAUACGAUAUACCGACUACGUUUGAAUUUAAAAGAAAAGUAAAAGACAUCGACCGAUCGUGGGCUGCCUAUUUGGAGCUACUUGUUUCCUACGAAGCAAUUUUACUCGAAAAGAAGGAGGAAUUCAAGAACGCUUUGCUUAAAGAUUCUACUAUGUUCCAUGAAGAUAUAAUGACUUUAGUUCGCAAAUAUAACGAUACAGGACCGUUUACGUCCGAAUGGCAAAUAAAUGAUGCAUUUACGUGGAUUAAUGUAUUUUAUAAAGAAAUACACUCAUUGAAGGAACGAGAGAAAAUGCUUAAAGCACACCUCACAGUUUUUGGCUUGAGUCAACCCGAUUCUUUGGAAUUGAUAAAACUUAAGGAAGUACGACUUGGGGAACUCACAAUCAUCGAGAUCGUAUGGAAACUGACUGCCGAGUGGAACGAAGCAUGGAAUCGUUAUAAGACCGAACAAUUUUGGAAGAUAGAAAUGGAAGAGAUGGACACAACUGCGAACGUUCUAUUUCGAAAACUCACGAGACUCUACAGAGAGCUUAAGGAGAGAAACUGGGAGAUCGUUGAGCACACGAGAUCAAGAGUGGAUAAAUUUCGUCGAACGUUACCACUAAUAACAGAUUUGAAGAAUCCAGCAAUGAGAUCUCGUCACUGGAGGAAAGUUAAAGAUACCGUAAAAAGAGAAUUCGACGAAAUGUCCGAAGAUUUUACCCUUGACGUUAUUGCCAAUAUGCAAAUGCAGAAUUUUGCCGAACAAAUCGCCGAGAUCUCGAACGCUGCAACGAUGGAACUUGAAAUAGAAAUGGGAUUGAAACGUAUCGCUGAAGUUUGGAACGUAAUGCCAGUAGAGAUGAUACCGUACAAGACUAAAGGUAUUUACAAAUUAAUGAGCAUAGACGACAUAUUACAAACACUAGAAGAUCAUCAAGUUCUCUUGUCUUCGAUGAAAUCGAUGAGAUUUGUCGAGCCAUUCGUAGUAGAUGUCGAUUAUUGGGAACGGGCCCUGUCUACGGUGGGGGAGGUUCUCGAAAUGGUGCUCAGCGUUCAAAGAAGCUACUUCUAUAUGGACAAUAUAUUCUCCAGCGAGGACAUUAGAAAACAACUUCCAAAAGAGACCGACGAGUUCGGCAAGUUGACAAGAUCCUGGGUGCAAAUCACGUCCCGCAUGGCGGACCAAGGAUUGGCUUUACCGACCACUCACGUUCCGCCCAAUUUACUCCAAGUUCUGAAUAAACUUAACGACAAGUUGGAGGCUCUGCAACGCGCUUUGGAACAAUAUCUCGAAACUAAGCGAUACGUAUUUCCAAGAUUCUACUUCAUUUCGAACGAUGAUUUACUUGAGAUACUCGCCAACUCGAGAAAACCAGAUCUCAUACAGCCUCACAUCAAGAAACUCUUUGAAAACAUAAAAUUUCUCACUUUAGGCAAGUCAUUAGCAGGUAAACCAUUAGCCAAUGGCAUGAAUUCCAGUGACGGCGAAUACGUUCAAUUCGUUCAUCCAGUUCUCCUCGAAGGUCAAGUAGAAAACUGGUUGUGCAAUAUCGAAGAAGCGAUGAGAGUGAGUUUGCGCGAGUUAUUGAAGCAAUGCAGAGGGGUGCUGCGGAAAAUGCUCGCAAAACGCGACAGGUGGGUAAAAGAGUGGCCGAGCCAACCAGGAAUUACGUCCACUCAAAUCCAGUGGACGACCGACUGCACCAGGACACUCAUGCACUGCAAAUUGGUGGACUCCAAGAAACCCUUGAAACGAUUAAAAAGGAAACAAAAUCAGGCGUUGGCGAAAUACUCGGAGGCAAUAAGAAGCGAUUUGAAUAAUUUGGAUCGGCUCAAGUUCAAGGCCAUUGUUGUAAUCGAGAUCCAUGCGAGAGACGUUAUCGAACGAAUGUACAAGAACAAUUGCAAAGACGUCGCCGCCUUCGAGUGGUUAUCACAGUUAAGGUUCUACUGGGAAAAAGACAUUGAAGAUUGCAUUGUACGACAAACUAAUACUUACUUUAAAUACGGAUACGAGUAUCUAGGAAAUUCAGGACGUCUCGUGAUAACGCCAUUAACUGAUCGAUGUUACAUUACUCUAACGACAGCACUUCAUUUGUAUCGAGGAGGAAGCCCUAAGGGCCCAGCUGGAACAGGGAAAACUGAAACAGUUAAGGAUCUCGGAAAGGCAUUGGGAUUUAACGUGAUCGUGCAGAAUUGUUCCGAAGGGCUGGAUUACAAAAGUAUGGGAAGGAUGUUUUCGGGUUUGGCUCAGACGGGUGCUUGGGGUUGUUUUGAUGAAUUUAACAGAAUCAAUAUUGAAGUAUUGUCUGUCGUGGCACAACAGAUACUAUCGAUACUAACAGCACUCUCUCAGAAACUCAAGAAAUUCGUUUUCGAAAGCAAGGAGAUAACAUUGAUCCAUACCUGUGGUAUCUUCAUUACGAUGAAUCCCGGGUAUGCUGGUCGCACCGAACUUCCGGAUAAUUUGAAAUCCAUGUUCAGACCAAUCUCUAUGAUGGUACCGGACAGUAGUAUGAUCGCAGAAAUCAAUUUAUUCGGAGAAGGUUUCCAGGAAACUCGUGUACUUGCUCGAAAGGUCUUCACCUUGUACACAUUAGCGCAACAACAAUUAAGCAAACAGCAUCACUAUGAUUUCGGGUUAAGAGGUAUAGUUACUUUGACUCGAUACGCCGGUUGGAAGAAACGUCUUUAUCCGGAUUUAGCCGACGAUGAGGUGAUCAUUCUUGCAAUGAAAGACAUGAACGUGGCUAAACUUACGUCAGACGAUCUGCCUCUAUUCCUUGGAAUCACCACCGAUCUAUUUCCAACCGUCGACGUGCCAACCGUAGAUUACGAGGAAAUCAUCGAUUAUAUUACUAAAGAGGCUAUCAAGUUGAAGCUACAACCGAUUCCAUCGAUAAUCACUAAAGUGAUUCAACUUUACGAGACGAAAAAUUCGAGACAUUCUACGAUGAUUGUCGGUGAUUCUAACACAGCGAAGACGGUCAUAUGGAGAAUAUUGCAAAAUACGAUAAGUGGGAUGAAGAACGAUGGAAAAGCGGGUUACAACGCCGUUCAUGUCUAUCCAAUUAAUCCUAAAGCACUGAACCUCAGCGAGCUCUAUGGCGAAUACAAUCUCUCGACCGGAGAGUGGCUUGAUGGAGUAAUAUCGUCGAUCAUGCGGAAGACCUGCUCCAGUGAAUCGCUCGAUGAAAAGUGGAUUCUCUUUGAUGGGCCUGUCGAUGCCGUUUGGAUCGAGAACAUGAACAGUGUCAUGGACGAUAACAAAAUCUUGACACUGAUCAAUAACGAACGGAUCACGAUGCCGGAACAAGUAUCCUUGUUGUUCGAAGUUGAAGAUCUCGGUGUAGCCUCUCCUGCCACCGUUUCCAGGGCUGGUAUGGUCUAUAACGAUUAUAAGGAUCUUGGUUGGCGUCCUCUCGUGAAAUCCUGGUUACAAAGUCACGAGCAAAAAGUUGAUUUCGUUGAACAGAUGAAGGAACUGUUCGAACGUUUUGUCGACCCAACGUUGGAAUUUAAGCGUCAGAAGUGCGAGGAACUCGUGCCAGUUCCCGAAUUAAAUUCCGUUCAGUCCCUUUGUAAGCUCCUAGAUGUAUUCGCCACACCCAAAACCAGAAUCGAACUUGGCAACGACGAAGAAGCGUUCACCACCGUUUGUAGGAUUUGGUUUCUUUUCUGMACAAUAUGGUCAUUGUGCGCCUCCGUUAAUGAGGAUAGCCGUCUAAAGGUGGACAAUUUUAUGAGAGAAAUAGAAGGAUCCUUUCCCUUGAGAGAUACUGUCUACGAAUAUUACGUAGACGUGCGUCAGCGUAGCUUCGUCUCCUGGGAAGAGAAAUUAUCACAGAACUGGAGGUUCCAACCGGGGACACCGUUUUACAAGAUAAUUGUCCCAACAGUAGACACUGUUCGUUACGAUUAUAUCGUGAGCAAUUUGUUAAUCAACGGUUAUCCAGUUCUAUUGGUUGGACCUGUAGGCACUGGUAAAAGUUCGAUUGCAAAAUCUGCUUUAGAAUCGUUGGAUAAUAUUAAGUACGGACUACUCGUGAUAAAUAUGUCCGCUCAAACAACAUCGAACAACGUACAGGAAGCCAUUGAGAGCAGACUGGAGAAACGCACGAAAGCGGUUUACGUUCCCGUCGGCAAUAAAACGAUGAUAACUUUUAUGGAUGACUUUAACAUGCCGAUGAAAGAGACGUACGGAGCACAACCACCAUUGGAGCUGAUCCGUCAGUGGAUCGACUAUGGAUUCUGGUACGAUAGACGUAAUCAAAAGAAAAAAUAUAUACAAAGGAUGCAAUUAAUAGCGUCCAUGGGUCCACCUGGUGGUGGUCGUAAUGUUAUUUCAAAUCGUUUAUUAACGAGAUUUAAUAUCAUCAACAUGACAUUUCCCAGCGAGAAACAAAUCGUUCGAAUAUACGGGACGAUGCUUAAUCAACAACUCGCUGACUUUCAUGCGGAAGUAAAGAGAAUUGCCGAUGGAAUAACGCUUGCUACUAUAACUUUGUAUAACAACGUUGUCUUAAAGAUGUUACCAACGCCCACUAAAAUGCAUUAUCUAUUCAAUUUGCGUGACAUAUCUAAGAUAUUCCAAGGUUUGUUACGAAGUCACAAGGAUUAUCAAUAUUCGGCUCAGACCUUUUUACGUUUAUGGCUUCACGAAACUUUUCGUGUUUUCUGCGAUCGUUUCAUCGACAAAAAAGACACAGAAUGGUUUCUUGGACAGAUAAGCGAACAGCUUGGUAAAUAUUUCGAGAUGACAAUGGCUAACGUAUGUCCGGAUAAAAAAAUUCCUCUUUUCGGUAACUUUAUGAAUGCCUGGAACAUAUACGAGGAUCUCGUGGAUAUUGCCGCCGUGAGACGCCAUAUAGAGGAACAAAUGGACGAAUAUAAUGCUUCUACUGGUGUAGUACGCCUCGAUCUCAUUCUUUUCCAGGAUGCGGUCGAGCAUAUAUGCCGCAUUGUCCGUGUGAUAUCUCAGCCCCGAGGCAACAUGCUGCUGGUCGGGAUAGGUGGUAGUGGCAGACAGUCGUUAUCCCGUAUCGCAGGUUACAUGUGCGAGCUGACCACCUAUCAAAUAUCCGUUACGAAGCAAUACAAAGUGAUGGAAUUCCGUGAGGACUUGAAGAAGCUUUACUCUAUGGCAGGGGUUGAAAACAAGCCGACUAGUUUUCUCUUCAACGACACCCAAGUGGCGGAGGAACAGUUUCUUGAGAUCGUUAACAAUAUGCUGAGCACCGGUGAAGUAGCCAAUCUCUACAAAAGCGAUGAAAUGGAAGACAUAAAAAUGCGUUUAACGAAAGACGCUAUAAAGGCAAACAUAAUCCCGUCAACGGAAUCGAUCUAUUCCUUCCUGAUCGAAAGAGUUCGCGCCAAUAUGCACAUGAUAUUGUGCAUGAGUCCGAUCGGGGAUGCCUUCAGGAACAGAUUACGGCAAUACCCAUCCCUGAUCAAUUGCACGACCAUCGAUUGGUUUCUGGAAUGGCCGAGGGAAGCUCUUCUCGAAGUUGGCAACAAGUUCCUCAUGAAUCUCAAUCUGACGCUCACUAUCACCGGCGAAAAUAAAGUGGAACCAAGACAAUCCGCGACUGCUAUUCCGCUUCCACCGUUGCAAGAACGGAUGCGGGAUGGUAUUGCAUCAACGUUUGCUUUGAUCCACGGUAUGGUCUCCCAAUUUUCCAUUCUUAUGAUGAACGAAAUGAAACGAUAUAAUUAUGUCACGCCUACGAACUUUCUUGAACUAGUCAUUGGUUACAAAGAAAUGUUGAUUGAAAAAAGAAAGGAAUUAGCCAAUCAGGCGAAUAAACUUCGCGGUGGCGUAUUCAAGAUCGAUGAUACUCAGGCGAAAGUCAAUGAGAUGGCCGCCGAGUUGGAAGUAACGCAAGAACAAGUUCAAAAAUCUACCAAAGAAUGCGAGGAAUUCCUGGUAACUAUAGUUAAUCAACGCCGUGACGCCGAUGAGGCACAAAAAAUGGUAACCGCCAGAUCCCUUCGAAUCGGUGAAGAGCAAAAAGAAUGCAAGAAGCUCGAAAAGAUAGCUCGUGCCGAUUUGGCCACUGUCGAACCAGCUCUAAACGAAGCUAUAAAAGCUUUAGAAGCAUUGAACAAGAGGGAUCUGGCAGAAAUAAAGUCCUUUGCCCGACCACCGGCGAAGGUUGAGAUGGUAAUGGAAGCGGUUAUGAUUCUUAAGAAUGCAGAACCAAGCUGGGCGGAAUCCAAACGUCAAUUGGGAGACGUGAACUUCAUUAACACUCUUCGCGAUUUUGAUAAGGAUCAUAUAUCGGAUAAAGUAUUGAGAGCAAUUACAAGGUAUACGACAAAUCCAGAAUUUGAUCCUGUUAAAGUAGGUAUUGUCUCGGUAGCCGCCAAAUCACUUUGCAUGUGGGUUAUAGCCAUGGAAAAAUACGGAAAACUCUAUAGGAUCGUUGCGCCAAAAAGAGAGAAACUCGAAGCCGCCUUGGAAUCUUUGCGGCAAAAGGAAACUGCUUUAGCGGAGGCUACGGCGCAACUGCAAAAGAUACAGAAGGAGCUUGAAAGGUUGCAGGAAAUGUACGACGCGAAGAUGAAAGAAAAGGAGGAUUUAAUCAAAAUGGCUGACUCGUUAAGGGUGAAAUUAGAUCGCGCGGCUAUGUUAGUCGAAGGUCUAUCAGGAGAGAGAAUUCGAUGGUUGGAAACAGUAGAAUCGUUGGGAGAGUUUUUCGAUUGGUUACUCGGUAAUUGUCUGAUAUCCACGGCUUUCGUGUCUUAUUUGGGACCUUUCGUGUCAAAUUACAGAGAGAAACUAUUCACGAUUUGGAUGAAAGAGGUAAGCGAGAAGGAAAUCCCGAUGUCGCCUAGACUCGACGUGAAGGAAUUUCUAGCUGAUCCCACGACGAUCAGAGAGUGGAACAUUCAAGGAUUACCUUCAGAUGGGUUUAGUACCGAGAACGGCAUCAUCGUGACGAGAGGCACUAGAUGGCCACUUGUAAUCGAUCCGCAAUGUCAAGCGAUGAAGUGGAUCAAGAACAUGGAAGCAAAGAAUUCUCUGCGAGUAAUCGAUUUUGGCCAAGCGGACUUUAUGAAAGUUUUGGAACAAGCGCUCCAGUUUGGCUGGCCGGUUUUGCUCGAAAACGUUGGGGAAACUCUCGAUCCAGUCCUGAAUCCGAUUCUGGAAAAAGCUUUUAUCAAAUCAGGUGAUCAAGUGAUGAUCAAGUUUAACGAUAAGAUGAUCACUUACAAUGCAAAAUUUCGACUGUUCAUCACGACGAAACUUUCGAACCCCCAUUACGCUCCGGAGAUAUCCACUAAAACAACGUUAUGCAACUUCGCCAUUAAGGAACAGGGAUUAGAGGCACAACUCUUGGGAAUCGUGGUCAGGAAAGAGAAGCCGCAACUUGAAGAACAAAAGGACAGCCUCGUCCUCACGAUCGCAUCCGGCAAACGGACGUUAAAGGAACUAGAAGAUAGAAUUCUCUAUCUUUUGAGCGAGGCCGGACCUAACCUUCUUGACGACCUGAACCUUCUCAAUACUCUGCAAACGUCUAAGGCUACGUCAAUAUCCAUUGCUGAAUCUUUAGUGACGUCAGAAGAAACCGAACGAGAGAUAGACACAGCAAGGGAAGGUUAUCGACCAUGUUCUAAACGAGCUUCGAUUCUUUUCUUCGUUCUCACAGAUAUGAGUUUAAUCGAUCCGAUGUAUCAAUUUUCACUUGACGCAUAUAUCGCCUUAUUUAUGCUAUCAAUCGACAAAAGUUCGAAAAGCAUAAAACUUAACGAGAGAAUUGAGAGCCUUAAUGACUAUCAUACUUAUGCUGUAUACAGAAAUACCUGUCGAGGAUUAUUCGAGCAACACAAACUAUUAUUUUCCUUCAAUAUGUGCAUUAAGAUAUUAGACGCUGAAGGGAAGAUAGUCCCUGGGGAAUAUACUUUUCUUCUUAGAGGUGGAAUCGUCCUGGAUCGAGAGAAUCAGCCGGACAAGCCUGUACCUUGGUUGCCUCCAGAAACUUGGGACAAUAUAACAGAACUAGACAAGCUACCAGGAUUUCACGGUUUGAUUUCAUCAUUCGAACAAUACCCGCGGGAUUGGCACAAUUGGUAUAUCAGUACGGAACCGGAAAAUAUUCCUCUCAUUAGCGAUUUAGAAGAAGGUUGUACAGCAUUUCAAAAAAUGAUGAUCGUACGUAGCUGCCGACCCGAUAGAAUGUCUUCAGCGAUCGUAAACUUUAUCGUACGAAAUGUAGAUCAAAAAUUCGUCGAACCACCGGUACUUGAUUUAAAAGCAGUCCUGGAUGACUCCGUAGCUCAUACACCAUUAAUUUUUGUUCUUUCACCCGGUGUGGAUCCCACGAGCGUUUUAAUGCAACUCGCAGAAAGCCAAGAAAUGACAGACAAAUUUAUAAGCCUAUCAUUGGGUCAAGGACAAGCACCUAUAGCAACAAAAAUGAUACAUAUUGGCGCAAAAGAGGGAUUAUGGGUUUUCCUAGCAAAUUGCCACUUAUCGCUCAGCUGGAUGCCGAAAUUGGACAAGAUUGUCGAGACCCUUGUCAGUAACAAAGCUUUGAAUCCAAACUUCAGAUUAUGGCUUAGCUCGAGUCCAACUCCUGACUUUCCUAUAUCAAUCCUUCAAGCUGGGAUAAAAAUGACGACGGAACCACCUAAAGGAUUGAAAGCCAAUAUGAAGAGACUGUAUAGCCUCGUCACGGAGGCCCAAUUCGACAUGUGCCAAGCAAAAUCCAAAUACAAAAAGCUACUCUUUGUUCUUGUCUACUUCCAUUCGAUUCUCUUAGAACGUAAGAAGUUCCAGCAACUCGGGUGGAACGUCAUUUACAGCUUCAACGAUUCCGACUUCGAGGUAUCAGAGAAUAUUCUUCAAGUUUAUUUGGACGAAUAUCCAGACACACCAUGGGAGUCCUUGAAAUAUCUUAUUGCGGGCGUUUGUUAUGGGGGUCAUGUAACUGAUGACUGGGAUCGCCGAUUGUUGAUGACGUACGUUCAACAAUAUUUCACUGACGAAGUUCUGACCACCCCUUAUUAUCGUUUGUCAUCACUGCCAACAUAUUACAUACCACGAGACGGUUCCUUGGAAUCCUAUCGUGAUUUUAUCAUGAUGUUACCAACCGUCGAUAGACCAGAAGCAUUUGGACAACAUCCUAACGCAGACAUAACAAGUCUUAUCAUGGAAACGAGAAAUAUGUGCACAACUUUAAUGAGUCUUCAGAUUCAAACGAUCAGUACCGAAGAAGAAGCGAAUAAGGAGGACAAGGUGAUACAAUUAACUACAGACGUUCUCUCGAAAGUACCAGGAAACAUAGAUUACGAAACAAUCUACCGAUUAAUAGGCCCUAGCAAGAAACCUCUCGAUGUAGUACUUCUUCAAGAGAUAGAUCGCUAUAACAAACUAUUAACGAAAAUCCGUAACAGUUUGAAAGAAUUGCAACGUGGAAUACGUGGUUUAAUCUUGAUGUCGUCAGAUUUGGAAGAGAUUUUUACGUGUAUGUACGAAGGAAGAGUUCCUUCACUUUGGCUGACCGCUUAUCCAUCCUUAAAGCUUCUCGGUGCUUGGACCAGAGAUUUGAUCAGCCGCAUUGAGCAUUUUGCUUCUUGGGCUGAGACCAUGCAUCCGCCUGUGCUCUUCUGGCUAGCCGCUUACACGUUUCCAACAGGUUUCCUCACAGCCGUAUUACAAACUUCAGCAAGAAUGUUGAAUAUAUCGAUCGAUACGUUAUCAUGGGAAUUUGUAGUUCAAACGGUCGAUGACUCUACCAUCAUCGAGCCACCUACGGAUGGUGUGUACGUGCGAUCAAUGUUCUUGGAGGGAGCAGGAUGGGACAAGAAAAAUGCGAUGCUUGUUGAACCUGCACCAAUGCAGCUUGUUUACGACAUGCCCGUGAUACACUUUAAACCAACCGAACGUCUAAAGAAAAAAACUAAAGGACUCUACACUUGUCCGACAUAUUAUUACCCUCAAAGAUCCGGCGAUCAAAGUCGUCCUGCUUUCGUUGUUGCGGUUGAUUUAAAAACUUUACCGGAAGAAACAGAUUUAUGGGUGACACGUGGUACCGCAUUACUUCUCAGUCUAACUGUAUAA